AUGUUGGAUUUGAUGUUUGAAUUGAUAAUCACCGACAUGUCGCUCAAAAGCACGAGACGAGAAGAAGUUCAUCUUUGCGAAGACGAAGAAGGAACUAUGAAUACCGCAAUAAAGUCACAACCUUUUAAAAGAUCGGUUGGCUUAACCCAUGAGAACUACCACUUCACCUUCCCAUUUUCUUUCCAUGGAAUAUUGGACCCAAGGCUGCCACGUGGCAAGGGUCGAUUCAUCUGCCACCUGUAUAGUCUUCUUGCUCAUCUGAUAUUACACAUUAAAUAUUCCCAAACAAAUGGUCCCAUAGUUUUGGGUGCCCCUUACCCCAAAAGAAAUUGUGUGGGGUACAUACAUGAACGUGAAACAUUAGAGAUUUCACAGAAAUUUCUUCCAAAAUUAUUUGGUCAAGAAAAUGAUGUAGCUGAACUCGGUGGCCAUUAUUCACUUCUGUCCAUUCCCAACAUGUUUUCCUCUGCCAUCACUUUGCCCACCGAAGAGGUUCCUUCAGGUCCAAACAUACACUUCAGCAAGCUAGAUCCAACUAAGUACGAGACCAUUAAGUCAACUGCGUGUAAUUUUGAAGAUCAUGAUUAUUGUACUCUAUCCUUGUCAACUAUUGAAAAUCAUGAAUAUUGUGUACGCUUCUCGUUCUGUGCGGAGUUUGACGUUGGAUCGGAGGUGUACACGGUGAUUGCGAUGGAAACUCCCCUGCUGGUGAAUAGCGAAGGGGGCGCGCAGGUAGCCGAGGACGGUGACUACGCGCCGGUGAAGGAUUUCAAAGAUGUUAAGAACGUGUUCUGGACCGAGACAAAGAAGACGUGGCUGAUUGCGUUGCCUAUCGCUUUCAACAUAUGUUGCCAAUUCGGUGUGAACUCUGUCACGAGCAUCUUCGUCGGACACCUCGGCGACAUUGAGCUCUCUGCUGUCUCUCUCAUCAAUUCCGUCAUUGGCACUUUCGCCUUUGGUUUCAUGCUUGGGAUGGGAAGUGCAACUGAGACGCUAUGUGGACAAGCUUUCGGAGCUGGGCAGAUUCAUAUGCUUGGUGUUUAUAUGCAACGCUCAUGGGUGAUUUUAUCAGGGACCAGUAUUUUGCUCUUGCCAAUAUACAUUUUUGCUGGUCCAAUUUUGAAGCUUCUUGGUCAACAGAAAGAUAUAGCUGAUCUUGCUGGGGAUUUCAGUAUUUUAGUAAUCCCGCAAUUUCUUUCACUUGCCUUUAAUUUUCCAACGCAAAAGUUCCUUCAAGCUCAGAGUAAGGUUAACGUCAUUGCAUGGAUUGGGUUUGUGGCUUUAGUUCUGCACGUUGGGUUGCUCUGGCUCUUAAUUUAUGCGUUAGAUUUAGGCUUAACUGGUGCAGCUUUGGCAUUUGAUAUCACGAGUUGGGGAAUUACAGCGGCUCAACUUGUUUAUGUUGUGAUCUGGUGUAAGGAUGGAUGGAAUGGAUUGACAUGGAUGGCUAUUAAGGAUAUUUGGGCCUUUGUUAGGCUUUCUCUUGCAUCAGCUGUAAUGCUUUGCCUUGAAGUUUGGUACAUGAUGAGUGUCAUAGUUCUUGCUGGCCACCUCAACAAUGCAGUGAUUGCUGUUGAUUCCCUCUCUAUAUGCAUGAAUAUCAAUGGGUGGGAAGGCAUGAUCUUCAUUGGAGUAAAUGCAGCUGUCAGUGUCAGAGUUUCCAAUGAACUUGGGCUCGGACGUCCAAGAGCUGUCAAGUACUCUGUCUACGUGACAGUCUUUCAGUCACUUCUCUUGGGACUCUUUUUUAUGGCUAUUAUUUUCGCGACAAAAGAUUACUAUGCCGUCAUUUUUACUAACAGUAAGGUUUUGCAAGAGGCUGUUUCGGAACUAGGAUUCCUCCUCGCUAUUACAAUGGUUCUAAAUAGUGUUCAACCAGUGAUUUCAGGUGUUGCUAUUGGAGGUGGGUGGCAGGCCCUGGUGGCCUAUAUCAACGUAGGUUGUUACUACUUAUUUGGGCUUCCACUGGGGUUCGUUCUUGGUUAUACAGCAGAUUUGGGGGUUGAGGGACUUUGGGGUGGUAUGAUGUGUGGAAUUCUUCUCCAGACCUUGCUGCUCAUGUUGAUACUUUACAAAACCAAUUGGAAGAAAGAGGUGGAGCAAACAAAUGCUCGCAUGCGGUUAUGGGGAGGUCAAGAUCUUCAGGUUGAAAAAACUACUGGCUUUGCUUAA